AUCACCGGGAGCUCGCACCGAAUAUCCACUGCCCCGCCUCCCCUCUCCUCUCCCCGUCAGCUCGAGACCAACGGAAACAUCAUAGGCUUGUCCGGCUGAUCCACACGCGAGAAACGGAUCUCGGAGACAUACAUACAUUUGAUUUGUUACAACGUAUCUGGAAGUGUGAGAGCGUUCCUCCCCAGCUGAUCCAGACGGAAGUCUCCUUCUCAGAGGCUUUAACACUCAGCGGUGACCAGACAAGGGGACCGUGUUAUUGGUAAAUACCGUCUGGAAUUAAUCCCGUGGAUUAUCCGUGGGUGUCUUUAGUGGAGACACGGCCCGGUGUCCCCACCGCCUCUGUCUUUCUCCCGGUCGGUCGGGUGGAUCUACCGUGGUAGGACUGUCAUGAGCCCGGGCUGGGAAUGGCAUCCUCUCCCAGUGUUUGUAAGAAGGUCGGACCGGUGGAGGAGGAGAACGGAGAACCGGAUCAUUCUCUACAAGAGAUGUUGAAGGCGAUAGCCGACGAACGGAACCGUCUUACUGUCAGACAAGAAACGAGUGGACUUGGGUGUUUUAAGGACGACCGCAUCGUGUUCUGGACAUGGAUGUUCUCCACGUACUUCAUGGAGAAGCUGUCGCCGCGGGAACAGGACGACAUGUUGUUUUACGUCCGCAGGAAGCUGUCAUACGUCAGCCCCGACCAAUCAGAGGGCAAGAAGGUAGAUGUGGAGGUGUACAGGAGAGACUCUAAGAAGCUUCCAGGUUUAGGAGAACCAGACAUCGACUGGGAGGAGAGUGUUUACCUGAAUCUGAUCUUAAUGAAGCUGGACUAUGUGGUGACGUGUGCCGUCUGCACGCGCUCAGACGCAGGAGACAUCCACAUUCACAGGAAGAAGUCUCAGCAAGUGUAUGCGUCACCAAGUAAACACGCCAUGGACAGUAAAGGGGAGGAGUCUAAGAUGAGCUACCCCAACAUCUUCUUCAUGAUUGACAACUUUGAGGAGGUGUUCUGUGACAUGACGGUAGGCGAGGGGGAGAUGGUGUGUGUGGAGUUGGUAGCCAGUGAUAAGAGCAACACGUUCCAAGGAGUCGUCUUCCAAGGUUCCAUCCGCUACGAAGCUCUGAAGAAGGUUUACGACAACAGGGUGAGUGUGGCAGCGAAGAUGGCCCAGCGCAUGUCGUUCGGCUUCUACAAGUACAACAACAUGGAGUUUGUCAGGAUGAAGGGGCCGCAGGGCAAAGGUCACGCUGAGAUGGCGGUCAGCCGGGUCCCGACCGGAGACACGUCCCCCUGCGGCACAGAGGAGGACCUGGACUCACCCCUACACGAGAGGGUGACGUCGUUCAGCACCCCUCCCACCCCGGAGAGGAACCGCCCCUCGUUCUUCUCCCCUUCUCUCCGUCGGAAGGUCCCCAGGAACCGUAUCACUGAGAUGAAGAAGAGUCACUCAGCCAACGAUAGUGAAGAGUUCUUCAGGGAAGAGGACGACGAGGACCUGUGUAACCAGUCCAACCUGCGGUCUCGCUCCCUGUCGGGUACAGGUCGGUCCCUGGUGGGAUCUUGGCUCAAACUGAACCGUACGGAGGAGUACUUCCUGCUUUACUCCCACCUGACCUACGUCACCCUGCCGCUGCACCGCAUCACCUCAGAUAUCCUGGAGGUGAGACAGAAGCCCAUCCUGAUGACAUAGCAGAUCAGAGCUCCAGUCCUCCUAACUACCCCAGAGCCUCCCUACGAAGUGCCUUCCUGCAUCAGGCCCUGACUGACACCACUACAACCCAGUGGUGAGAUGGAGGAAAUACAGCAACACUACCACCACCUGGUGGUGAGAUGGAGGAAUUACAGCAACACUACCACCACCUGGUGGUGAGAUGGAGGAAUUACAGCAACACUACCACCAUCUGGUGGUGAGACGGAGGAAUUACAGCAACACUACCACCAUCUGGUGGUGAGACAGAGAACUACAACCAAACCUGGAGUCAAUGGCAAGAGGUGACUAAAAAACAACUUUGGAACAAUGAAAACCAGCCAAUCAAAAAAGUGCCUCUUCCCUCUGUCAUGUUCCUGCUCAAUGAGGAUUCGCCGGUGGGUGUGAGGCGGCCGCCAGGGAAAUGGGCAUAGCAACCCACCUGUCCUGUCAGGAUCACAAUGGUCGUGAAGUGCAGUGCCAUUGGCUGAACUCUGACCUGGAACUAAAAUGAUUUAGAAUGUCUCUGGACGAAUCUAAAAUGGAUCUCUAUUCCCAGUUUAGUGCACUAACGUUGGCCUUAGCCCAAUGUGGACUCUGAUCUAAAGUAGUGCUCUAUAAAAGGAAUAGGGUGUCAUUUUGGACAACGUCUCCUGUUUUCUUGUAAAUACCCUGCUGCUUAACUAUUCACUGAUAAGCCUUUAGGAAAGGUUUACGCUUCUCCUGACAGGAACAUAAAGCUUCCGUCUGUUUUGUCGUUGCGUGUUUGUGUUUGUAUCUGCGAGGCGGGGAAGGUUAAAAGGAUUGUGUGUGUGUGUACAACGUUGUCUAAGUCCCAGGGCUUUGUGGAUGUGCUGCCUUCAGUCUGACACAUAAAGGAUGUUACUCUGAGACCAGAAUGACACCUUAUUGACCAGGGAGUAGGUUUCCAUCAGGCUCACAGUCUGGAGAUCCUUAAACUCUUCAGUUUAACGUGACCAACUUUCAACAGGGAACUGAAAUUAUCAUCUAUAUAAAAAACAAUGACUUGGAAAUUCACACACGUGUGAGAAAGAGGAGGAUUUUCCUCAGCACUGGAACAAGAUGGCUGAAUAUAGAAACAGAAGGCCUGCUGAUACUCAGCUUUAGUAGCCGUAGAUACUAAACCCUGUUUCUGUCUGGUCUCGUCCCCAGGCUGCCGUUACGUAGAGCCUGGUAACUGUGGAACUGUCUGGAACUAAGGGGGUGUGGCUUUACUGAGUGAUAUGCUAAUCAAUUCAAAUUCUGGAGCGAAUCACACGACUCUGAGGAGAAGGGGGAGGGAGCGAGCCUGGGAUAGUUGUGUUUAUGGAAGCCCAUUCCUGCCACCCAAAAUACAAUUAAAUGUCGACACUGCCUCAACAUUUUGAGCUUCUAACUAAAACCAUUUAGACAGAACAUACAUACACUACAUGGACAAAAGUAUGUGGACACCUGGUCGUCAAACAUCUCAUUCCAUCACCAUGAGCAUUAAUAUGGAGUUGGUCCUUUGCUGCUGUAACAACCUCCACUCUUCUGGGAAGGCUUUCCACUAGAUGUUGGAACAUUGCUGCUAUAACAGCCUCCACUCUUCUGGGAAGGCUUUCCACUAGAUGUAGGAACAUUGCUGCUAUAACAGCCUCCACUCUUCUGGGAAGGCUUUCCACUAGAUGUUGGAACAUUGCUGCUAUAACAGCCUCCACUCUUCUGGGAAGGCUUUCCACUAGAUGUUGGAACAUUGCUGCUAUAACAGCCUCCACUCUUCUGGGAAGGCUUUCCACUAGAUGUUGGAACAUUGCUGCUAUAACAGCCUCCACUCUUCUGGGAAGGCUUUCCACUAGAUGUUGGAACAUUGCUGCUAUAACAGCCUCCACUCUUCUGGGAAGGCUUUCCACUAGAUGUUGGAACAUUGCUGCUAUAACAGCCUCCACUCUUCUGGGAAGGCUUUCCACUAGAUGUAGGAACAUUGCUGCUAUAACAGCCUCCACUCUUCUGGGAAGGCUUUCCACUAGAUGUUGGAACAUUGCUGCUAUAACAGCCUCCACUCUUCUGGGAAGGCUUUCCACUAGAUGUUGGAACAUUGCUGCUGUAACAGCCUCCACUCUUCUGGGAAGGCUUUCCACUAGAUGUUGGAACAUUGCUGCUGUAACAGCCUCCACUCUUCUGGGAAGGCUUUCCACUAGAUGUUGGAACAUUGCUGCUAUAACAGCCUCCACUCUUCUGGGAAGGCUUUCCACUAGAUGUUGGAACAUUGCUGCUAUAACAGCCUCCACUCUUCUGGGAAGGCUUUCCACUAGAUGUUGGAACAUUGCUGUGGGGUCUUGCUUCCAUUCAGCCACAAGAGCAUUAGUGAGGUCGGGCACCGAUGUUGAGCGAUUAGGCCUGGCUCGCAGUCGUCGUUCCAAUUCAUCCCAAAGGUGUUCGAUGGGAUUGAGGACAGGGUUUUGUGCAGGCCAGUCAAGUUCUUCCACACCGAUCUCGACACACCACUUUUGUAUGGACCUCACUUUGUGCACGGGGGCGUUGUCAUGGUGAAACAGGAAAGGGCCUUCCCCAAACUGCUUCCAGAGUUAGUUUGGAACUCUGUAGUGAGUGUUGCCACGGGCGUCAGCACUCGGCGGUCCCGUUCUGUGGCCUACCACUUCCCGGGUGAGCCGUUGUUGCUCCUAGACGUUUUCCAUUUCACAAUAACAGCACUUACAGUUGACCAGGGGCAGCACUACCAGGGCAGAAAUUUGACCAACUGACUUGUUGGAAAGGUGCCACAUUGAAGGUCACUGAGCUCUUCAGUACGGGCCGUUCUACUGCCAGUGUUUGUCUAUGGAGAUUGCAUGGCUGUGUGCUCGAUUUUUAUACACCUGUCAGCAACGGGUGUGGCUGAAACAGCCGAAUCCACUCAUUUGAAGGGGUGUCCACAUACUUCUGUUUCCUCAUUUGUAGCAUUAUGAAUUCUAUCUGUCCACGUUGCAGAGUCCAGAACUGGCAUCAACACUUUAUAUUGUUUAAUAAAAUAAUUGACACAAAA